AUGUCGGAUGGAUAUAGGGAAGAAUCUCACCCCACCGAGGAGACCCCCGCACAGCGCCGAAGGGUGGAAGGAGCGCCGCAGCGGCCAAGGUGGACGUUAUCGAGCUCUAUCGAGGAUGUCCUUAAUGUACGGGUUGGUCAAAGCAACGGAAUUUUGCUGAACGACUUCCUUCGGCAGUACAUUGGCCCCAGCAGAGCGGUGGGUGAAGACCAAAAUGUGUGGAUGGAGGUGUUUGUGCAGCAGCCCCGGGCAUUCAUCGAAGAUGAAAAUGUUUUGGGCUUAAUACUGGCAUCGCCGUCUUACACAGCCAUAAGGGAAGAAAUGGAAGGUGCACGCAGACUUCGUGAAGAUGCACGCAAGCUUCGUGAAGAUGUACGCAAGCUUACGGAGCGCAUGGUGGCCACGCUCCGAGACUGGAAGGACCUUAAAGAUAAGAGUAUUGUCUCUGCUAUUGCACAGACAAAACUGAAGGCAGCUCUUCAGCAGGCGGAGGAUGCAGAGAAGGAAAGGUGGGGAAACGAAAAACCUCCCAGACGACCGAGGCUGGAGGGAUUCUACGAGUCCGUGUUUAACGCAACGUGGAGUCACGUCAUGGGAUUUCCUGAGGGCGAAGGGGAAGACAUGGUGGUGAUAGAGGGCUAA